AUGGAAAGUCGAAGGUUAACGAUUGAAAUAUUACCAAAUGAAAUAUUAAUAGGAAUUUUAAAAUGUUUAGAAACAUUCGAUAUUUAUUAUUCAUUCAAUAACUUAAAUAUACGUUUUCAACAAAUUAUAACAAAUAAUAAGCUAUUCAAACAUACUUUAGACUCUUUCAGUUCAUUUCCAACUGUCGGCAAUGUUACACACGAAAAAUUUCGAUAUAUUUUGCAACAUCAGUUACAUAAAUAUAUUGUAAUUAUUACACUUAAUAACAAUAAUAUGAUAAUUGCAAAUGAAAUAUUACAAAUAUGGUAUUUAAGAUCAGAAGUAUUAUUUCCAAAUAUAAAAAAAUUAUGUUUAAUUAAUAUCGACUAUGAUCCAAUGUGUUUUUGUCAAUUAUUAAAAAAAUUGGAUAAAAGUACUCGGCUUUUAGAAUUAUCUAUAAAAUUUGAUUAUUUCGGUCCGUGUUAUCACGAAACAUUCAGACAUAUUAUACAAAUGCAAAUUUCAUUUAGAAAAAUGAUAUUUUCAGUUGAUUUAAGUGAGUUAAAUGAGUUAGUAUGA